CGGGUUUCGGCAGUCUGGUCCAGAUCCUCCGCUCCUCCUCAGCUCAACACACACAUCCAUUGUACACAAACGGGCAGGCGGCUCACGCAUACACACGCACUCACACGCAUAGAGAAAGCGAGGGACACGCACACACACGCGUAUGCGCACACAUGCACAGCAUCGAUCGUGGCUCCUUUAAGAAAGCCUAAGCCAGAAUUAUCACCCCACCUCCUCUUGAUCUCCACUAGACGCUUUUGCAUAAGAAAAUCAAGCCGGGAGCUGAGAGUGAUCAAAGAAAACGAGAGGAGAGCUGCUUCAUUUUUUAACUGUGAUUGUGACCAUUAACAUUUAGGUGGUGCCGAUCCCGUGGAGACGCGCGUCGGACCAUCAUUCAUCCGGUACUUUUGACAAGCCGUGGCGGGCGUUUUGACUGACAGGCGGAGUGGCAGAAAGCCAUGAGAGUCGCCAGUUUUGUUUAAGGGACUAUUGUGUUUUCGCCCUGGUUUUGGAAGCGCAGCGCGGCGCCGCUGCCCCGAGGACCGAGGACCUAUUCGCAGCGCCGGGGCGAAACUUGCGCAGAGAGCGGCUCUACGGCUGGCGUCAACGCUCCGUGGAAAAGGGCGAACGGGAUUUUGGCUGAAACAUCCUCUCAUUCCCUUGGAUUUCUUUCCUAAUUUCGUCUCCACCCUGGCCUCAGAGGGGAUUUAUCUAAAGUGAAAGGACGACCAGGGAGUGAGGAGGGUUAUGGCGCAACGGUACGAAGACUUGCCCCACUACGCGAUGGACGGGGUGGGCAUCCCGACCACCAUGUACGGGGACCCGCACGGAGCCCGGUCCAUGCAGGCGGUGCACCUCAACCACGGGCCCCAGCUGCACUCCCACCAGUACCCGCACACAGCCCACACCAACACCAUGCCUCCCAGUAUGGGCUCCUCCGUUAACGACGCUCUCAAGAGGGAUAAAGACGCAAUAUACGGGCACCCCCUGUUCCCCCUGCUUGCACUGAUUUUUGAGAAAUGUGAAUUAGCGACGUGCACCCCCAGAGAGCCCGGGGUGGCGGGAGGAGACGUCUGCUCGUCGGAAUCCUUCAAUGAAGACAUAGCAGUGUUUGCAAAACAGAUUCGGGCAGAAAAACCUUUAUUUUCAUCGAAUCCAGAGUUGGAUAAUCUGAUGAUUCAAGCCAUUCAAGUUUUACGAUUUCAUCUUCUGGAGCUGGAGAAGGUGCACGAGCUGUGUGAUAAUUUCUGUCACCGAUACAUCAGCUGCUUGAAAGGAAAGAUGCCCAUCGACUUGGUCAUAGACGACAGAGAGGGCGGGUCCAAAUCAGACAGCGAGGAAAUCACGAGAUCGUCGGUGGCGCUUGAUCAGACGUCCUGGAACCGAGAUCACGACGACACGGCGUCCACGCGUUCAGGAGGAACUCCAGGCCCGUCCAGUGGUGGGCACACAUCACACAGCGGAGACAACAGCAGCGAACAGGGUGACGGCCUGGACAACAGCGUGGCCUCACCGAGCACGGGGGAUGACGACGACCCGGAUAAGGAAAAGAAACGCAACAAGAAGCGAGGGAUCUUCCCCAAAGUGGCCACCAACAUCAUGAGAGCGUGGCUGUUCCAGCACCUAACGCAUCCCUACCCGUCAGAAGAACAGAAGAAGCAGCUGGCGCAAGACACAGGUCUCACCAUCCUACAAGUGAACAACUGGUUCAUUAACGCGAGGAGGAGAAUAGUCCAGCCCAUGAUCGACCAGUCGAACCGCGCAGUAAGUCAAGGAACUCCCUACAACCCAGAUGGCCAGCCGAUGGGGGGCUUCGUCAUGGACGGCCAGCAGCACAUGGGAAUCAGACCACCUGGACCAAUGGGUGGAAUGGGCAUGAACAUGGGCAUGGAAGGUCAGUGGCACUACAUGUAGCCCCGCCCCAGUCCCAACAAUCGCAACACAAAGGGGGAUAACUUCAGGGCAAAGCAGGGGAUCAGCUGUCUCACCGAGGCCAGUGGAGCAUGGGAACGGGACUCCCUGACAACCGACUGAAACCCUCUGCCCACCUCCUCAAGGACCUAACAACAAUUUACUCAGCUGAGACCUGCAACAUGGAACCUGACGGUGAUGCACAGAUCAAACCUCACCCAGAUGCCCCCCUCCCCUCCUCCCCCGUCCCCACAGACCCUGCUUCUCUGUGCUGGGCACCACACUCCGCCGCCCUCAACACUGCCCACGAGUGAUUGCGAUUGCGAGCAUAGAUGACACACGAGACACACUGGGUCCUUUGCCUGUACCUUCAGUGAAUGUGGCACCCGGUGAUAUAUUCUAGACUCCUUGGCAAACGGCAGAGACUUCCUGUGAAGAGCACUCCACUCCUGGGAUGAUGGAAUUGGACCAAGGAGGAGCCAAUGUCUGUAUCUGACAGGACACAAAGCAAAAGAGGUGCCCUUUAAAAUAUAGCGGAUUGAAACAUGGAAGUAGGGAAAAGAGAAAAAUUAAAAGUAUAACUAUAUCAACCCCGUGUUUGGGAAGUGAGUGGAAAACGAAAAUAUACUGUAUACUGUUGUAAAGUUACGCUGGACUCUCACAAGAACUGGGAAUUUAAGUAUUGUAAAUGCUAUUGUAUUGUUCUGCAUAUUAUGUUGUUUCUAAUAGAUUUUUUUAAAAAAAGGAUGUGAACUUUUUUCUCUUUUUGAUUUUCUUUCCACACUAUGUGUGUGCAGUCUCUCCUUCAGCCCCCUCCAUUAAGUCACGAUGCAUUUUUAACAGAAACGGUGAAUAAAUGGACAAUUGGAUCAGUUUGUUGUUUCUAGCAGACCUUUUUUAAGGAUGUUUUUUUAAGGAACACACAAGUCACACACACGCACAGUGCGAGUGGGUUGUUUUAUUUUGACUCUGUCUGCAUUUUGUGUUUUUGAAAUGUUUUCAUAUCCGUUGAUUAAAUGAGCCUCAUGGAAUAGUGGUAAAAACUGA